GAUUAUUAUAAAUAUAGUUAAAGUUAAGUUAUUUAUAAAGGUUAAUACAAAAAUGGUAUAAAAGUUAAUAGAUGGAAUAUUCUAUAUAGAAACGAUGAUGAUAACUGCUUUGAGUAUAUGUAAUGAUUGAAUUAUAAAGUAAUAUUUUUAAUUAGUGGGGGAGGAAUAUAUCUUGAUAUUCAAGGAAUAUCUUGUAAUAUAAGUUCAAUCAAGAUUGGAAAUUGGGUUGAACUAAGUGAUUCAUUUUAAGAGUAUUUAUUUAAAAGAUUAUUUAUAAACUUAGUUUAAGUUAAAUUACUUAUAAUGGUUAAUAUUUAAAUGGUCUAAAAAUUGGUAGAUGGGAUAUUUUUUAUAGAAAAAAUAACAAUAAACCAUUUUAAUUGCUGUAAAAAAUAAUUUAUAUUAAUAUUUUUACCCAAUUAAUAGUGGUGGUGGUUUAUAUGAUGAAGAUAAAGGUUCAAUUAAAAUAGGAAAAUGGACUGAAGUUUAUGAUGGAUUUACAAGGUUUUUAUUUAUUAAAAUUAAUUAAAUUAUUAGUUAGAAACAAAUUAUAUAUUAUGGGGAAUAUCAAAAUGGUAAUAAAAUUGGUAGAUGGGAUAUUUUUUAUGAAAGUAUUUUAAUGUAAGAAUUGAAAAAUAUUUAAGUGGGGGUGGAUCAUAUGAUUAAAAAUAAAAGAGUAAAGAUCCUAUUAGUUAUAUUAAAGUUGGAAGAUGGAUUGAAUUGAGUAGGAGAUUUUAAUAGUAUUUACAGUUUUUUUACGAUAAUAGUGUAAGUUAAGUUACUUAUCAGGGUGAUUAUAUAGAUGGUUAAAAGAUUGGAACAUGGUAUACUUACUGGAAUUGGAAUGGAAAAAACUAAUAGAUGUAAUAUUAAAAUCUUAAUUUUACUAAAAUUUAGUGGUGGAGGAUAUUAUAAUUGUUAUAUAUAAAAUGAAGAAAAUAUUUUUUCAAUAAAGACUGGAUAAUGGAUAGAAUUAAACGAUAAUUUCAACUUUUGGUCUUAAAUACUUUGUAGUGGUGAAUACUAAAAUGGGAAAAAAGUAGGUUUAUGGUCUUAGUUCGAUUUAAAAAAUAGAAAUAAUAUUAUGUAUUUAUAUAUUUUGGAAAUAUAUUUAAAAUUUAGCAAGUAGUUUGAAUGUAGUUGA